UCCCGGCAUCUCGCUCUCGCUUCGGGAUAAGGCAGUGUGGCUGGCCACGACACCUACCUUCCGUAUAAAUAUUCACUUACCCCCUCGGGAUCCCGAGAAAUCGCACACUCGUCGCUGCUUCCCACUUCUGUUUUGUUCACCUUUCCGGGGAUCCAAGGUGUUGUUCCCCCAUCUUCUCGCCCGCCGGCGAAGGGAUCCCGUGGAGUCUGCAGAGGAGGGAGAUGGCUGUGGUUCGGUCUCCUCUCGAUUGAUUGAAUUGUUCGGAUGCGAGGCUUGGUUGGGGAUUUGGUUUGUGGGAAGCAGCAGCAGCAGAAGCAGAGAAGAGUGGGAGGAGGAUGAGCUUUGGUGUCGUGGGCAUGGAAGAGGAGCGCGGCGCGGCGGCGGCGGCGGCAGCGGCGGAGGAGAUCCGGAGGCUGCCGGCGGAGGUCAACUGGGAGAUGCUCGACAAGUCGCGCUUCUUCGUCCUCGGCGCCGCGCUCUUCUCCGGCGUCUCCGCCGCGCUGUACCCGGCCGUCGUCGUCAAGACGCACCUGCAGGUGGCGCCGCCCCCGCAGGCGGCCACCGCGACCGUCUCCGCCAUCCUCCGCCGCGACGGGCUCCGAGGGUUCUACCGCGGGUUCGGCGCGUCGCUGGCCGGCACCGUGCCCGCGCGCGCGCUCUACAUGGCGGCGCUCGAGGCCACCAAGAGCUCCGUCGGAUCCGCCGCUCUCCGGUUCGGCGUCUCCGAGCCCGCGGCCUCCGCGGUCGCCUCCGCCGCCGCGGGCGUCUCUGCCGCCGUCGCCGCGCAGGUCGUGUGGACCCCCGUCGACGUCAUCAGCCAGCGGCUGAUGGUCCAGACCUCCGCCACCACCCGCUACAGCGGCGGCGCGGACGCCUUCAGGAAGAUCCUCCUCGCCGACGGGGUCCGCGGCCUCUACCGCGGCUUCGGCCUCUCCAUCAUCACCUACGCGCCGUCCAACGCCGUGUGGUGGGCGUCCUACGCCAUGGCGCAGCGCUUCGUCUGGCGCGUCGUGGGCACCGACCGCUCCGAGAGCUACCCCGCCCUCAUGGCCGUGCAGGGCGCGAGCGCGGCCGUCGCCGGGGGCGCGGCCGCGCUCGUCACCAUGCCGCUGGACACCGUCAAGACGCGCCUCCAGGUCAUGGAGACCGACGCGGCGGCGGCGCGGCCGACGCUGGCGAGCACCAUGAGGGGCCUGCUCAAGGAAGGCGGCUGGGCCGCGUGCUACCGCGGGCUCGGCCCGAGGUGGGGAUCCAUGUCGCUGUCCGCUGCCACCAUGGUCACCACCUACGAGUUCCUCAAGCGGCUGUCGGCCAAGGAAGGCUCCUUCGAUUAGAUCCCUUAACCGUAGCUUCGUUCAUCGAGUGACUCGAACCAAAUUAGCCUCGAAGCGAGAUCGAUCCGUGAAGGUGGUGAGCGGUUAAUUAGCUAGGAUUCCUGUACAUAUGCUUAAGAUCGUCUGUUCCGUUUCUCGUUUUAGUUUCCUGGAUCUCUGGUGCUAUAGAGGGAGCAUAAGAACAGGCACUGGAAGGAGGGUUUAGGAUGCAAGCCCGAGUUUUGGUGGUUUUGCCGUGGUGGCCAUGCUGCCGCUGCCGAUGAUGAUGAUGAAAAAUUAGCUGAAAUGGAAGAUUUUCAGUCAGAACUUCUGAUGAACUGUCUUGUUAAUACUGCAUCUUGCUUUGGUUUCUCA